UUCAUUAGUGACGCAUGCCUGCUCAAAGUUGUAGUGAAAUUCGUCUUGAAUUGGAAUGAGCAAAAAUCAUAAUAAAUAAAAAGUUUCACUGAGUUACAAGAGUUUGUAUAAGUUUAUUGGGAAGAUUAUUUUAAGCAUGAAUAUAUGCCGCAUAAGUAGAUCAUCUACUUUUAAACUGUGCAAAAAAGAGAUAACUUCUCAACCUCUUAUAUUCUAUCGAAAUACUUGGAUAGUAAAAAGAAAAUACACGCCACCGCUUUCGAGGCUAAACGCUGAAAGACCUCGCGUCUUGAAGGGAAAACAUUUUAUUUAUGAAACUAUUGAAAAUACUGAUGAUACACCACCUCCUGAUCUACACCUUGUUCUCACAACUUUUGUAGAAGGUAUUGGAGAUGUAGGAGAUAUUAUCUCUGUAAUGCCAGAAUAUGCUCGUAAUGAUUUGCUUUUACCAAGAAAAGCAGUGUAUGCUACUCCUGAGAAUAUAGGAAAAUAUUCAAUGAAGAAGAAGAGUAGAGAAGAAAGACCAAAAUUCAGUUCUAUUCAUGCUGCUACAAUUAUUAGAAGUUUGAGUAAGAUAGUUAUACCUGUAUUUAUGAAUUCUGAAAAUCCUUGGACUAUCACAAAGAGUCAUCUUCACAUAGCUUUUCGCAAAGAAGGUUUUUUUAUUCCACAUGAUGCCAUAGAACUGCCUUCAAGUUCUGUCGAAGGACCAGACCUUGCAAUGGAAGGUAGAGAUUUUGCAGUGACAGUUACGAUUAACAACACAGAAAAAGUGCUGGUGCGCUGCAGAGUUUUCUACAUCAAGAAAGGGAUGGAAACUGCUAUAUUGAGUGAAGAAGACUAUUUAGAAAAAAAUGAGCCCAUUCUAGCAGAACAAAAAGAACUUUUACAAUCAAUGCCUAUGCCAGAAAUUGUAGAUGAUCCUUCUUCCUCUGUAUCACUCAUUGAAAAAUAUCGCAUUAAAUAUAUUGAAUAAACUUAUUUUAUU